AUCUGCUUUACUUUUUAAUAGAUUGAUAAAUAGUAAAUCUAUUAAUAAUAUUUUAACUGAGAUUCUAUGAAGAAACCAAAUCAAUAGUUGUUUUAAAGAAUUAUAAAAUGCCAGCAUAUCAUUGGCAAAGUAAGACUGAUGUUAAAACAAGUGGUGUUGAGGAUAUGGUCCUCUUGACCAAGAUUCAGGAGCUGACCAUUGUUGAUAAUAUAAAAAAACGAUACAUGGAUGAUCUUAUAUAUACUUAUAUUGGUCCAGUUCUUGUUUCAGUUAAUCCUUUUAAGCAGCUUCCAUAUUUUUCAGAAAAAGAAGUUGAAAUGUAUCAGGGCGCAGCUUCUUAUGAAAAUCCACCUCAUAUUUAUGCAUUGACUGACAACAUGUACAGGAAUAUGAUCAUUGAACAAGAAAAACAGUGUGUAAUUAUAAGUGGUGAAUCAGGUGCUGGAAAAACUGUGAAUGCUAAAUAUAUCAUGAAUUACAUUGCCAAAGUUUCUGGUGGUGGCGAAAGUGUUCAAAAAGUUAAAGAAGUCAUCUUAGAGUCAAAUCCACUGUUGGAAGCUUUUGGAAAUGCUAAAACUGUUCGCAACAACAACUCUAGUAGAUUUGGGAAGUAUGUAGAGAUUCAGUUCAGUAGAGGUGGUCAGCCAGAAGGAGGGAAAAUAUCAAAUUUCUUAUUAGAAAAGUCUAGAGUUGUUUGUCAAAAUCGAGAUGAACGCAACUUUCAUAUAUUUUAUCAACUUAUCAGUGGAGCAUCACCUGAAGAUAAAGAGCAAUUUGGCUUGACUACUGCGGAUUAUUAUUAUUAUUUAAACCAAAGUGGAUGUUAUGAUGUUGAUGGUGUAAAUGAUGCAAAAGAGUACAAUGAUACACGGAAUGCCAUGUAUACUAUGGGAAUAAGUGAAGCAAAUCAAUCUAGUAUUUUACAGAUAGUUGCUGGAAUUCUUCAUUUAGGAAACAUAAGUUUUUCUGAGGUCGGAAACUAUGCCCAGCCUGAAAAUGAUGACUUUCUUCAAUUUCCAGGAUUUUUGCUACAAAUUGAUUCAGACGCAUUAAAAGAAAAACUUAUCAGUCGAGUUGUAGAAAGUACUUGGGGUGGAAAGAAAGAAGUAAUUAAUAUGACAUUGAAUGUUGAACAAGCUAGUUACACAAGAGAUGCUUUGGCAAAAGCCCUUUAUGCAAGAUUGUUUGAUUAUUUAGUAGAGUCAGUAAACAAGGCUAUGCAAAAAGAUCGCAGCGAUGUUUCUUGUGGUAUUUUGGAUAUCUAUGGGUUUGAAAUAUUUCAGAAAAAUGGUUUUGAGCAAUUUUGUAUCAACUUUGUCAAUGAGAAGCUUCAACAGAUAUUUAUUGAACUUACACUAAAAGCUGAACAGGAAGAGUAUGUAGAAGAAGGAAUAUCUUGGACUCCAAUUGAUUAUUUCAAUAACAAGAUUGUAUGUGACCUAAUUGAAGCAAAGAAACCACCUGGUAUAAUGUGUGUGUUAGAUGAUGUAUGUGCAACAAUGCAUGCAGUUAGCGAAGGAGCUGAUGCAAAACUUUUACAGAAACUAGAAGGUCCUGUUGGCAGUCAUGAACAUUUUAAUGGUUUUAGUCAAGGUUUUAUCAUACACCAUUAUGCUGGAAAGGUAACAUAUGAAGCAAAUGGUUUUUGCGAAAGAAACCGGGAUGUAUUGUUUACUGAUUUAAUUGUACUUAUGAAAAGUAGCCAAAAUGAGUUUAUAAGGUUGUUAUUUCCUGAUGAUAUUAGUGAAAGAACAAAACCUACAACUGCAAGUGCAAAAAUUAAGAAACAAGCAAAUGAAUUAGUUGACAAGCUUAUGCAAUGUACUCCUCAUUAUAUCCGGUGUAUUAAGCCGAAUGAAACAAAAAAAGCCAAGGAUUGGGAAAAUGAAAGAGUAAAACACCAAGUCGAAUACUUGGGUUUGAAAGAAAAUAUUAGAGUAAGAAGAGCAGGUUAUGCUUUUCGUCGAGUUUUUGAUAAGUUCUUACGCAGGUAUAAGAUUUUAUCAAAAGAGACUUGGCCUGAAUGGAAAGGAGAUAUCAAAUCAGGAAUAAUGCACCUAAUGACAACUGUUAAUAUGGAACCUGAUCAAUGGCAACUUGGAAAGUCAAAAGUUUUUAUCAAAAAUCCAGAAUCAUUAUUUUUACUUGAAGAACUUAGAGAACGUAAGUUUGAUGGGUUUGCUCGUGCAAUUCAAAAGUGUUAUAGGCGAUAUAAAUCUCGGCAAAUGUUUGUCCAACUAAAAGAACAAGCAUGUGACAUUCUUGGAAAUCGCAAGGAGAGGCGAAAGUUUAGUAUUAACAGAAAUUUUGUUGGAGACUAUAUUGGUCUUGAUGACAAUCCUGCAUUAAGAAGUUUAAUGGAAAAAAGGGAGCGUGUUGAAUUUGCACACACUGUUUUUAAGUAUGAUAGAAGAUUUAAGGCAGCUAAAAGAGACCUACUGUUGACACCCAAACAUAUUUAUCUUAUUGGUAGAGAAAAGAUAAAGAAAGGUCCUGAAAAGGGUAAAGUGAUUGAAGUUAUAAAGCGAAAGCUCUUCAUGAAAGAUAUAAUUAGUAUAUCACUAAGUGCUCUGCAAGAUGAUUUUAUAAUUAUGCAUAUUCAAAAUGACUAUGACAGCAUUUUUGAAUCUGUUUUCAAAACAGAGUUUCUCACUCUUCUUGCUGCUCGUUAUGAAGAUGAAACCUCUAAAAAACUUAAAGUUGAUGUCAAUAACAAAAUAACUGUUUCUGUGAAGAUGGAUCGUCUAGAAAAAUUACAACGGGGAGGAACAAGGACACUUCAGUUCAUAAAGGGAAAUGGUGAUAUUCCUGUUCUAAAACCAAGUGGAAAAAUACUAAAUAUUACAAUAGGACCAGGAUUGCCCCCUGAAACAAAACCUGGUCGUAAUUAUGGAAAAUCUACGCAGUCGAAUAAGAAAAAGUCAGUCUCUGAACACCGGUCGCAACAGCAGAGCAACACCAAAUCAUCUUCUAGACGUGAAUCUUUAAGUAAAGUAUCAUCUGCUAGUGGUCGUCACCCAAGUCUGCCUAAAUCAGGUGCACAGCGAAUGGCAAGACAAUCCUCUAAAGUUAAUGAAAAAGAAGAGUUCAUGAGACCUCCUGAUCCGGGACAGAGCGGUAAACAAAGAGGCAGUACUGUUAAACGUGUAGCACCAUCACCUCCUACCAGUCAACCUCCAAAACCUGUACCUGCACCAAAACCUCGUUUACCCAUGGCAAAAACAUUGUAUACUUACGACCCUCAAGAAGCAGACGAGUUAAAAUUUGUAGAAGGAGAUAUAAUAGAAAUUAUUAAAGAAGACCCUUCAGGAUGGUGGACUGGACGUCUUCGUGGGAAGGAGGGGUUGUUCCCAAGUAAUUAUGUAGAGAAAGUUAAUUAGUCUUUUUGUGAUUGCAAAACUUUUUAUAUUAUUGAAAACUUUUGUUAACCCUUAAGAGAAACUUAAAAUUUUUAAAUAUAAAUAAAUGUCCUGUGUAGAAUCUUUUUUUUUUCCUUUUUUUCUUUCGAUUUGUUCAUUUUUUGCUACUAUUUAUUUUUAUAUGUUUUUUGUCCCGCUUGCUGCAAUCUAUGGUCAGUUUUCUAGCUUUUUUAUGUUUUUAUAAGAAGUUCAUUGCUGUAAUAGUUUUCUGUGUAAUAACGUUUUACGUUAUAUUUUAUGUAAGUUUUCUAACGUUCACAUUGUGUUUUACGUCAAUUUUCUAUCGUUUUACGUCGUGUUUUACGUCAGUUUUCUAUCGUUUUAUAUUUUUAAACAUGUUUAAUGUUGUAAUUUUGUUGUAUGUUUAUAGAAAAAAGCAUUUUAUUUAUAUCUUUUUGUGUGAAAUCAUAUAGGAAUUUUGUAAUAUUCUUUUUAAAAUUUUUAUUUUAUAUUGGAAUUCAUUUGAUUUUCUAAUUUACCUCGGGCAUGAUUGCAUUAAUUAUUUUAUUUUUAUUAUAAAGUGUUAAAAAAAAUCGCUAUUAUGUUGCCAAA